CCGCGAGGCCUAAGUCUGACGAGCGCCCCACCAAGACCAUCGUUCGGCCAGGAAACGCUGUACCCCUUGUUAUGGACGCCGCUUCGAAGAUUGCAGACUACGAGUGGAUAGAGGACGAAUACGUUCCUCCGCCUUCGCAGCAGACUUCAGAACCCAGGCGAUACAGCGAAGGAGGCAUCCUCGGCGCAUGGUCUGGUCGAGGCCGUGGCCGGGGUAACAAUAAACGACCCAAUGCGUCGCGCACAGAGGCUGAAUUGAUGUGGGUGCCCGUCAAAGAUGUUGCCAGGAUCAUUGGCAGAGGCGGUUCCAGGGUACGCGAACUUGAGCACUCCAGCGGGGCGCGUAUUUGGGUCAAAAGAGACGCAGAUACUUACUUCGAAAGCGAGAUCGAGCUCUCGGGCUCAGAAGAGGCGCGUCGGAAGGCCCGCGAACUCAUCGACGCGAUCGUCCAUCCGCCGGAAGAACCAGCGUGCUCCAGCAAAAGCGAUGAACCAGCUCCUUUGAUUGACUGGGACAAGCUGCUUGCCAGAAGCGAUGAGGCGGCGAAGGAGCGCUGGGCCUCUCUCGCACCGAUAAUUAAGAAUUUUUACGUGCAAGAUCCACAAGUUGCGUCCAUGUCUGCUGAGGAGGCGGCGGCCUUCAGGGAAGCCAACAGUAAUGUAGUUGUGAAGUACUUGGGCCCAGAACAACAGCCGCCACCAGACGUAGCAACUAACCCCGUGACAACGUUCGAGCAGGCGUUUUCAAACUAUCCGGAAAUAUUGGACGAAAUCUACAAAAACAAGUUCGCGAAGCCGUCUCCAAUACAGAGCCAGGCCUGGCCAAUCCUGCUUCAAGGUCAAGACCUCAUCGGAAUCGCACAGACAGGUACAGGGAAGACUCUGGCAUUCCUGCUACCAGCCUUGAUUCACAUUGACAGUCAGCCUGUUCCGAGGGAGGAGAGGAAAGGUCCUUCGUGUCUGAUUCUCGCACCGACGCGCGAGCUUGCCCAGCAGAUUGAGCGGGAAGCAAGGAAAUACCACUACCGAGGGAUAAAGUGCGUAUGCGUCUAUGGCGGUGGCAGUCGGCGAGAGCAGAUACAGACCGUCAACCUUGGCGUGGAGAUUGUCAUCGCAACACCCGGCCGCCUCAACGACCUUGUCAUGAACAAAAUCAUCGACCUUAACUUUGUCACUUUCUUAGUCCUGGACGAGGCAGACCGCAUGCUUGACAUGGGCUUUGAGAUCCAGAUCCGGAAGGUGAUGCUGGAUAUAAGGCCUGACCGGCAGACGGUGAUGACAAGUGCCACCUGGCCAGAGUGUGUACGUCGCCUUUCUCAGCGGUACAUGAAAAACCCAUUCCAGGUGUUUGUCGGCUCCUUGGACCUCGCUGCAGUGCACACAGUGACACAGACGGUCAUCCUGUGCAAGGAAGAGGAAAAGAGGGUGCAACUUAUGGCUUUUUUCAACUCCAUGCAGCCAGAAGACAAAGUGAUUAUUUUUGUCGACAGGAAGGCAGUGGUGGACCACCUGACAAGCGACCUUGUCCUGGCCGGCAUCAACUGCGAUUCCAUCCACGGAUCCAGAGAGCAGUGCGACCGUGAGCGAGCACUCGAAGAUCUACGGGAUGGCAGAGUGCGCAUCUUGAUUGCCACCGAUGUUGCUGCACGAGGGUUGGACAUAAAAGAUGUGACCCACAUAUUCAACUACGACUUUCCUCGUAACGUGGAAGAGUACGUCCAUCGCGUGGGUCGCACGGGUCGAGCUGGGCGUACAGGCACCGCCAUCACGCUCAUAACUCAGAACAACUGGAGGCAGGCUCGCGAGCUGAUCAGCAUCUUGGAGGAAGCCAACCAAGAAGUCCCCACUGAGCUCUACGCGAUGGCUGACCGCUUUGAUGCUUGGAAGCAACGCCGUGCCGAGGAGGAGCGUAACUUUGGCUUGGACCGCGGUGGCCGAGGUGGUGGUUUCCGGCGGGGAGGUGGCGGCAAUCGCAACCGUUGGUGAGGGAACAGUAGCUGCGAUAUGCUGCUGUUAUGGUUUGACUAGCGUUCGUGUGUUGCUACGCCUUAUAUUGUUUAUUGUGAUGAAGUCCUUUUAUGACUAUUUGACAAGCAAAUAAACCGGUGAUACUUGACACUCUGCAUGUUGCAUCUUUGAUUAGGCUGAGCACGUAACAGAGAGAGCACUUUUCCCCCCACCUCUGGACAUGUGCAACAUAGCCUGCUGGCAUUAGCACUUCCGGGUGGCACUUUGCAUGUUCCUUGUGCUUUCUUAGUGCAUUCAGGUUCUGGGUGCAUGGAAGAAAAAAGAAAGCGUUAAACGAAGGCAAGGGCUGUUCAAAAGCCAAUAUGGGCAAAAAUUAAGGCAAGUUGCGAGGCAUGCUUGGUGAAUUUAUGCCGAGGUGCUGCGGGGAGCCACAAGUAUGCAGGCAGCCUUUACAUACAAUUUGGCGGUGAAAUGUUGCAGGCUAGUGCGACAAAACUGCCUUCACAACAAGGCUUGCCACAAACACAAUACAAGGAGAUGGGACAAGGCUUCUUGCCCUGUCACCAUCUUAGGUUAUGUUUGCCCUAAGCUUUAUUAUGAAUGCUCGAGCACCAACCAGCCUGUAAAUGAAUACAUUCUGCAAUACUAAAGGUGUAUUUUUGCUUUCAGUUCCACUUCAAAAUCUGUUGAUUUGAAAGAAAGUAGUUUUUUCAAACAAGUUGCUAUUGCUCCCAUUGACAUGCUUUGAAAAAUGUGACUAAAUGCAUUUUGUUACUGCUUUAGGCAAUUAUUUCCUGUUGCACCUGUUUUUCCUUCAUUCAUAAUGCACGUGCUGUACCUUUACUGUGCAUGCUCUGUUGUAAAUGGCCAUGUUCUGCUGCUUCUGUGUGUGCAUGCUUACAUUUUUUUGGUGGGAAAUCACCAAUGGCCCCAGUUGCCAUGACUCAGAAGUGGCGACGUGCUUUAAACAUGUCGAUGUUGUAACUAGCCACAUAUACAGGAUCUGCAUAAAAAAUUAUUGAAAAAGGUGAAAUGGUUGUCGCUCUAAUUAUUACACAUUUUUGUUGCCACUACAGCUAUGACCCUCCGGGAAAAAGCAAUCAACAGUUGCACUUAUGUUUGUGAAGUGAGGUCUGUUUUUUGCAUAUUGCUCACUGUCACACAGACAUGUGCGAGCAUGCUUGAGUACAGAUCAAAUCAAGGAUGAAGGGCCAUUAAGUGCCUGCCAUGUUCAAAAACUCCAGUUUGUUCUAGUUGGCGUCUGUUUCAUGCUUUGGUUCAACUCUGGGAAAGUUUAAUGCUUACUUCAUGGAGAAUCGAAAAUGCCUGUUUAACGUGUCUACAAGAUUGUGCUCCGAACGUAAUGGUAGGGACUUCCCCUCAAGUGGAACCAAUUUAAAAAGCCUCCCGAAGUCCUUGCGACGGUGGGGCUCAUAAAAUUACGCUAACUGUGUGUUGUCUAUGGUUUUCUUACGGGUGGCCUUUUGUGUGCAGCUCAUGGCUUGUAAUAAGUUAAUGCAAUUUUUUCCAUACAUCCGCAGCACAUGUUAAGCACUGCUGAGUUGUGCAAUUUUCCCGAGUUAUGUUUCAGGACCAUGGUUCUCGCAAGAGCAGCUGUCUACAAAUGUUGCAGCUGUGUAAACCUUGAUGGACAUGUGCUAUAUUGUGCACCACAUUCAGCACACAUACUAUAUAGUGGGAAGUGGUAGUGUUAGUCCCAAUUCCUCUGUGAGCUUUUCAUGCUCAGUUGAAGAGAGCUUGUGCUUUAACUGUUA